AUGGAUCCUCAAGCAUUGGAAAUAAUUCAUAGUCCAUUUGUAUCAAAAAAUGAUAGGAACGAAGCACAAAAGUAUUGUAAUAUGAUUAAAGAUGAAUGUUCAUUAGUAUAUGGACCAUAUUUAGCUUCAAGAAACAAUAAUUCAAAUUCAGAUAUAGUCAGACAUUUUGGGCUCUUGAUGAUAGAAGAUAGCAUUAGAUUUCAUUGGAAUGAUUAUAGUAUAGAAGAAAGAGAAAUGAUUAAACAAAAUGUGAUAAAUUUGAUUCAGGAGAAAUUAGCAAAAUUAUUUGCUGAUAUUGCAAAACGUGAAUGGCCAAAUAAUUGGCCUGACAUGAACGCGUUAUUGAAAAAGUUUUAUAAUUCCGGUCCCACAAUACAAGAAUUAUCUUUAUUUUUAUUUCGAUAUUUAGCCGAAGAAAUGGAUUUACGAGAUUCAUUAACUUGUAUAGUAGCAAGUUCAUCAAUAUUACAAAUGAAAUACCCGGAUAAUGUAAAAGUCAAAGAUUCACGUCGAAAAGAUGAAAUUACUAUUAUGCAAGGAGAACAACCUAAUGAUGAAGGAUGGUUAAUCAUAUGGAUUAGAUCUUUAGAACAAUUGGUAAUGGGAUGGGAACAAUUAAAAAAUUUGGAAACAAUAGAAUUUACAGAAACCACAAAAAUUAUUUAUGAGAAAUUGGCAAUUGCAACUAUUAAUACCAUAAAUGCACAUGUGGAAUGGAUAUUUACAGAAGCCAUCGUAAAUGCAAAUGUAAUAAAUAUAAUAUCAAAUUGUUUAUUAAUUGAUUGUUAUGGAAUCAGAAUGGCAUUAAUUGAAUGUUUAUGGAUAAUUCUUUCACGAAAUUUUCAAACACCCGAAGAACGAGCACUUAUCCUUGAACCUAUUUAUGAACGAAAUAAAUUUGUAGAUGUAAUUAUUGAAAUUGGUGAAAAGCAUCUAUGUUAUAAGAAUAAUACUAUUAUACCUAAUCGAUUUCCGGCAUAUUUGGAAUUAAUAUAUGAAAUUUCAAAACAUCCAUCAAAUACUAUUGCAUCUAAUGGAAUAAAUGAACAAGAAACUUUACCAAUAAUGCUUAUGGAAUUAUUUACUGAGAGAUUAAAAAUGUUAUUCCAACCUAAAGAUAUUGAAAACGAGAUUACCUAUUAUAUCAACAUUGAUUUUGAUUCCUCAAAUGAUUAUCGAAUAUUUAUUCAAGUAUUUCGAGCGAAAUUUAUUGAAUUAAUAAAAUUAAUUACUCAAAUGAGACCAACCCAAUCAUUUUAUUGGAUGGUGGAGAGAAUUCAAAGAACUUUAGUUGUUAGUCCGAAUAUUACUGACCUUGACGGAGCGUGUAAAGUUGAUUCACCAUUUUACAUUUCUUUUGAAGCAGAAAUGACUUUGAUGGAUUCUGUUGUUAUAGGAAUAGAAAAACUUAUUAAACAAAAUGACAAUCCUAUUGAUCCAGUGAUGACUCAUAGAUAUUUAACAACCUUAGUUUCAUUUGUUGACUUGUUGACUAUUGAUUCUUCAUUAUAUAAUUCUAGUUUACCAUUAGAACAAAAACAACUUCUCUUUGAUCCUAUAGUUCAACCGACCAUCAAUAAUUGGAAUUUACCACGAUAUACUUCUUUUAUAACUUCAUUCACUCAAUUUUGUGAAUUUUCAGGAAUUUAUUUUUUAUCAAAAGUUGUUAAUGAUAUGAAAUCUAAAUGUAUUUACAACGGAGUUAUGGAAUUUGAACCUGGUCUUCAUAAAGAUGUUGAAUAUUUCAAAUCAAGAAGGAAUAAGAUUAUAUGGUUAGAGAAUUCUAUGCUAAUUUGGCUUCGUAGGACAACUGAUAAUGUCACAAAAGGAUCAAAUUCAAUAAAUAUUGGAGCGGAAUUGUGGAAGAAAUAUUUGCCCACUAUUUUAUCCACAACUUUAGUUUUGAUAAGAUUCCUUCAUCAACUUUGGAAUAUUACGGUAUGGAAAGAUAUACCAGUUGAAUUACAAGAAAUUUUGAUGUUAAGUCAAGAAGAAAAAGCAUCUAUUAUAGGACAUUCAGAAAAAUCUCCUUUGACAGAUUCUUACACCAAACAAUACACAAUAGCUGUAGUUCGUCCUUACGUUUUAAAUUGCACAAAACCCGAAAUUUUAUCUAGAUUCUUGCCACAAUUAUUAAAUUAUAUGAAUAAAAAAUUAGUAGAGGAAUGGAAUAUAUUAAUAGGAAAACGAAUUUUUGAGGAAGGAGAACAAGAUAAUUCGAAUUUGACAAGUGAUGCUUCAGAUGAAAUAUUAAAUGAGUUAGUAUUACGCGAUUUAACAAGAGCUUAUAUAGAUAUAUUUGAUCAAAUAUUCGCUCCCUCAUCUAAAAAACAGACAGAUUCCGUAACAUGUGUGAAAACGGCUCAAUUAUGUGAUAGAAUAUUAACCAGUUUAAUAGAACGUGAAGUAUUAAGAGAAUUUGUAGGGAAAGAUUUGUUAAUAGCUGCGCUUCAGUUAAGACUUGUUCUUUCUUCUAUACCUUAUGAAACAUUUGCGCAAAUGUUAAAUAUGGAUCAUACUCGAUUACAGGUAUGA